AAGCGUAACCGCAUCGUGAGUGUCGAACCACGCUUCCUCCCCUCUUUCUCCCCAAUUCAUCGACGUUUUGACGGAUUUCAGGACCCUUCUCUCCCCCCUUUCCUUCCUCGUCAUCCACUUCCGCGUAUUACCCCCUUUCCCCUCCCAACUCCCUCCACCCUCCAUACGGACUUUUUGGGAAGUACACGCCGCCGAGAGUGCGCCUCAAUCGGGAAGCGGAGCUCCAGAGUCGCGGUCCCUUUCCCCGAGAACCGCCGCCCCGCUGAUCGCAAAACCGACGUGCCGCAUGGUGGGAAUCUCCGACUCCUUUCUGUGUCGCCCCGGGAAGCGCUCCACCAUGCCCGACUCACCUGCGGAUGUCAAAACACAAUCCAGGUUGACCCCGCCCACCAUGCCGCCCCCGCCCACCACGCAAGGAGCCCCCCGAAACAGCUCCUACACGCCCACCACUCUGACCAACGGCAGCAGCAGCCACUCUCCCACGGCGCUAAAUGGUGCGCCGUCGCCACCCAACGGUUACGGCAAUGGCCCCGGCUCGUCGUCACUGGCCAAUCAGCAGCUUCCGCCGGCAUGCGGCGCGCGGCAGUUGAGCAAGCUCAAGCGCUUUCUGACUACCUUGCAGCAAUUCGGAAACGACAUCUCGCCCGAGAUCGGAGAACGCGUGCGCACGCUGGUCCUGGGCUUGGUGAAUUCCACGCUAACCAUCGAGGAGUUCCACUGCAAACUUCACGAAGCCACCAACUUCCCCCUGCGACCUUUUGUCAUCCCCUUCCUCAAGGCCAAUUUGCCGCUCCUGCAACGGGAGCUCCUUCACUGCGCCCGCCUGGCCAAACAGAACCCGGCUCAGUACCUGGCCCAGCACGAGCAACUCCUGCUGGACACCAGCACGUCGUCGCCCGUCGACUCUUCUGAGCUCCUCCUGGACGUCAACGACAACGGCAAGAGGCGAACGCCUGACAGAACCAAAGAAAACGGCUUUGAGCGAGAGGGCGCCCCUCACGGUCCAGACGCGCACCCCAGCAAGCGUGCGUGCACCAUCAGCCCCGGGCAACGCUUCAGCCCGUCCAACGGCAUCUCGUACCAGCCCAACGGCCUGAGCCACCCGGGCGGCCCCGUCCCGCCGCCGCAGCACUACCGGCUGGACGACAUGGCCGUCGCCCACCACCAUUACCGUGACACUUACCGCCACCCGCCUGCCAAUCACAGGGAGAUCCGGGAGAGGGCCCGCCCCAUCGGCAUGCACUCAGGAGGCCGCCAGGAGGAGGUGAUCGACCACCGGCUGACGGAGCGCGAGUGGGCCGAGGAGUGGAAGCACCUUGACCAUGUAAGAAAACUACUCAAUUGCAUCAUGGACAUGGUGGAGAAGACGCGGCGCUCGUUGACGGUGCUCCGCCGCUGUCAGGAGGCCGACCGCGAGGAGCUCAACUACUGGAUCCGACGCUACAGCGACGCCGAGGAGCUGAAAAAGAGCGCCGCAGCCGCUGCUGCCGCAAGUCAAUCCAGGCAGCAGAGCCCCGCUGCACAAGACAACGCCACAUCGGACAUCCACAGGGAGCUCCUACAUCGGCCUGGUUCUGGCUACGUCCCUGAAGAAAUCUGGAAGAAAGCUGGUGCAGGAGGACUGACUUCCUGUGUGUCCGCGCUCUUUCCAGAGGAGGCGGUGAACGAGGUGAAGCGGCAAGCCGUGUCGGAGUUGCAGAAGGCCGUGUCGGAGGCCGAGCGCAAGGCCCACGACAUGAUCAGCAGCGAGCGCGCCAAAAUGGAGCGUACCGUCGCCGAGGUCAAGCGGCAGGCCGCCGAAGAUGCGCUCUCUAUCAUCAACCAGCAGGAGGACUCCAGCGAGAGCUGCUGGAACUGCGGCCGCAAAGCCAGCGAGACGUGCAGCGGCUGCAACACGGCUCGUUACUGCGGCUCCUUCUGCCAGCACAAAGACUGGGAGAAGCACCACCACGUGUGCGGGCAGACUCUGCAAGCCCAGCCGCCGCCGCCCUCGCAGCCGGCGCCGCCUGCCCCCGAGGCCCCCGCCCCGGUCAGUUCAUCGGCGUGCACCCCCAGCAGCUGCGCCGGCAGUCCGGCCCCAACCCCGCCGGCGGCGGCCCCCGGGUCAUCCGCGCCUGGCACCCCGUCGUCGUCCUCCGCCCCGGACGCCCACUAGAGGGAGCUCCGUGAGCUAACGGAGAACGUGGGUCAUAUUGACUCGCCUUGACUUUAAGCGCAAAGAUAUUCUUUGUAGCCCAACGACUGAAUGUAAAUAGAUAAUUUUCGCUUCUUGUCGUCGUGAUCGUACGUGUCGCAGUUGUCGUUUAAUGUAGCGUGGUUUUCUUGUAAAUAAGACUGAGCAGGGGAAGCAGCGAUGUCACGUUUCCCACUGAAAGCCGAGUCAACCGCAAUCAAACUUUCUGAGACAAAAUGGAGGCAAAAAUCUCACAAUAGAUCAUCAAGUUCAAGUAUUUUUUUUAGACUACUGGAGAACAAUUACAGCAACAGCAAGUGCCAUCUAAACAUUUUUAGUAUUUUUUUUUAGUUUGCUUUCCAUGAAUUCCCCCCAAAUUAAAAAAGUAACUAAAACUAUUGCAGCAUUCUAAAAGAGCAUACCUACAUCUAUCCAUAUUUCGGAUCUGUUUGACCCUUUUUUCAUAUUACAUACCUUGCAAAUUUGAGAUAAAUUGGCUAAUUCGUUCUUACAAAAUUCCUUUUCUGACCUCUGUGACCUUUGACCUCAUGUCCCCAAAAUGUCAUCACCUCUACCAUUUAAUAUUACUAUAUGAACGGAUGGAUGGUAAUCCUGCAAAUUUGAUAAUCACUUUAUUCGAUCUUGAGUCAUCUUGAACACAAGCAUACACAGAAAACUAUUUGACCUUUGACCUCAUUACCACAGAAUCACCUCCUUUUCAUUUUAGACAUAUCCUGCAAAUUUGAUCAUCCCUGUAUUCGAGUUUGAGUCAUGCCGAACACAAGCAUACUCAAAAACCUCUGUGACCUUUGACCUCAUUACACCAGAAUCACAUCCAUUUCAUUUUACAAACAUAUCCUGCAAUUUAGAUAGCCCCUGUAUUCGAUUUUGAGUCAUUUUUAACACGAGCAUACACAGAAAACUCUUUGACCUCGUUACCACAGAAUCCCCUCCGUUUCAUUUUACAGACAUAUCCUACAAAUUUGAUAAUGCCUGUAUUCGAGUUUGAGUCAUCUUGAACUCAAGCAUACUCAAAAACCUCUAUCUUUGACCUCAUUACACCAGAAUCCCCUCCAUUUCAUUUUACAAACAUAUCCUGCAAUUUUGAUAACCCAUGUAUUCGAUUUUGAUUCAUCUUGAACACGAGCAUACACAGAAAACUCUUUGACCUUUGACCUCUUUACCACAAAAUCACUUCCAUUUCAUUUUACAAACAUAUCUUGCAAAUUUGAUCAUCCCUGUAUUCGAGUUUGAGCCGUCUUGAACACAAGCAUACUCAAAAACCUCUUUGACCUUUGACCUCAUUACACCAGAAUCCCCUCCAUUUCAUUUUCAAAACAUAUCCUGCAAUUUAGAUAACCCCUGUAUUCGAUUUUGAGUCCAUUUGAACACGAGCAUACACAGGAAACUAUUUGACCUUUGACCUCUUCACCACAGAAUCACUUCCAUUUCAUUUUACAAACAUAUCCUGCAAAUUUGAUCAUCCCUGUAUUCGAGUUUGAGUCAUCUUGAACACAAGCAUACUCAAAAACCUCUUUGACCUUCUGUAUUCGAUUUUGAGUCCAUUUCAACACGAGCAUACACAGAAAACUCUUUGACCUUUGACCUCAUUACCACAGAAUCACCUCCAUUUCAUUUUACAAACAUAUCCUGCAAAUUUGAUCAUCCCUGUAUUCGAGUUUGAGUCAUCUUGAACACAAGCAUACUCAAAAACCUCUUUGACCUUCUGUAUUCGAUUUUGAGUCCAUUUCAACACGAGCAUACACAGAAAACUCUUUGACCUUUGACCUCAUUACCACAGAAUCACCUCCAUUUCAUUUUACAAACAUAUCCUGCAAAUUUGAUCAUCCCUGUAUUCGAGUUUGAGUCAUCUUGAGCACAAGCAUACUCAAAAAUCUCUUUGACCUUUGACCUCAUUACACCAGAAUCAACUCAUUUCAUUUUACAAACAUAUCCUGCAAUUUAGAUAACCCCUGUAUUCGAUUUUGAGUCAUCUUGAACACAAUCAUACACAGAAACCUCUUUUAACCUCACUCAAAACCGCACUGAGAUGUAGAUGAAUGAAAAAAACAAGGCAAUGAUGCAACUAGCAACGAAGGGAUAUACAAACUGUCAAAUAGCAGCAAGUCAAUAUCUCAGCAAGCCGCCUAGGAUCGGUUUAAAGACACUGCUGAUGAGCUGGAGUUGGAUGCAGGUGCGACGUUGGGAACUCGUCCCAGAUCUCUGUAACAAAACUAUCUGACCAGCAGCAAAAUGUGACAAAAUCAUGCACAUCGUCAUACUAGCUUUUCUUGCUAGCUAGCACAGCUAUUUGUGGCUUAUUAGAGCCUACAAGACUUUAGGUCCGAGGUCACACCCCCAGCCAAAUUAUGAAAAAAAAUGAUUUAUUGUCCGAAAAAUACGACAAAUAAGUAAAUUAUACUCCCUAUUGCUGUAUUGUAAUACUAUACAGCUAGCUACCGCUAAACAUUCAAAUUUAAGUGAGAGUCAAACGUAAUUAAUCCUAAAAGCUGUUUUUGUGCCAAGUUUUGAGAACACAAAAAUAUUUAAAGCAUCUACGCAGAUUUUUUAAAAAAUACCAUAAUCUGCUAAUUCUCCUCAAAUUGAAACUGCAAUGUUGUAUUGUGCACAGUUGUUCCUGUACUUGCCAAAAUUUUGACUCUUACACAUAAACACAAAAAAAUGAAGCAUAAUUUUGAGAAUAUUUUAAAAACGACAGUUUUUCCUGUGCCAUGUUUUUACCGAGAAGUGAAAUUUGGCGUUUUCUAGUUGUCUGCGACGGACAAACCAUUAUUUUCCUCUUGGAUUCCUCAUUUCUUCUCUGGAUUUUGGACAUUUUUUUAACCAAAUGGACCAAAUAUUCGACGGUAUUAUUUUUUCGUCCCUCUAAACCUGGAAAGCAACAGCGACGUAUUUCCAAAAAUGGAAGCAAAUUUCAACCUGUGGAAUACAAAACCCUCACGAGGAUGUGAAAAAAUUAUUUUGGACACCCAGGAAGUGAGGACAUUUUCUGUCACAUGACCAGGAAGUAGUGGAGGACUUAAUCGGACUCUUUGGAAGCAACUUGACGUCAAGAUUUUUAUUGUUUUUUGCUUUUCUGAGUCUCAACAACGGUGGCCAUAAAGGUUUUUUUGGACUAUUACGCCUUUAUCCCGUUGAACGUCACAAAAAAUUGAAAAAAAGACGUUUUAGCGCUGCUUUCACACGCCUGCAAAAUCGCCAAGCUGCUAUUCCGAUCCGAGCCAGAACUUUUUUCCGAGAACUAGCGUUUCGUUCCGAUGUAUUUGCACUGUCACAAUGUUACUAAUACAGCAUGCAAUGUUUUUUUAAGCUUUUUCAAGUUUUCAAUAGCAGAAUGUAAGAAAAAUCUUUUUUUUUUUCUCAUCGUUUUUUUUUUUUUUUUUUUUUUAUCGCGCUAGCUAAACUCGGAAUUGUUGGCGGUGCAUGACCAGGUUUUUGGUAGAUAUUUGUUUUUUAGAAAAAUGACAAAACUAGAGAUGGGAAAAAAAGGUCAUCUUGAUAUACUGACUUUCCAAAUGGCGUACAUUUAUUGACAGCUUUAACAUCGCAAGGCACCAGGUAACACGCAAACAUACACACGCUAUGAACACAGAAACACGCGUUAAAAACAGCCAAAGAUUGCCACCAAGAACCAAAUCCUCAUUUACUUUUUUUUUUUUUUUUUAACAGAAAAAAUUAGUGUCGGUUUGUCAACCAUUUUGUCACGAUAAACUGACGGCUAAACGUUUCGAGCAAUAAUUUUUUUUCUUACGAUUUCAAGAUUUUCAGUUGAAAAAUGACGUAGCGUUACUUCCGUGAAUUCGGCCCCCCAUCUGAUGCAAAUUUAUAUAAAAAUGACGUCAAACGUUUGUGCUGCAAAAAGUUUCGUUUGGGCUGCUAAAUUCGCACAUUAACGAGAAUGCCAUCGGCAGAAGAGGAAGCAGAUGCCAUAGCAUUGAAGGAGAAAAGUUGAAAAAAAAUGAAAAUAGACAUCCUAAUAAACUGUAAUGCCGGAAUAUUGCCAAUCAGAAUGUCACAAAGUGAUUUUUAGGAGUUUAAAGAUUUCUUUUGGGUCUUAACGUGAUUAUCACGCUUUUUUUUUUUUUUCACGAAACAAACCCGUCAAUAUUGCGCUUUUUUUUUUUUUCUUUUGUAGCAAGACAUUAUAAGAACUUUUUUCACAAGGUUACUUUUUCAAACUGCUUUUUCUAUUACGGUAUUUCACUCUUGUUGUUGUCAUUCAUUUGUAGUGUUGCACCGAUACUUGUAUCGGUACCGAUACGGCACUAAAAUAUCGGUAUGGGCGAGUACUAAAACAACUUGAUGAGAUCUAGUUUCCAACUGCUGGUCGCCCUACCCAGCUACGCAUGCUGCAGUUUUAACGCCUCUAAAGAUGGCUACCAGCUACUGAUCUCUCAAUUUUAACGCCUCUACCAACAUGGCUGCCCCUUUGGCCAUUUUAGUAGGGGCAAUGAAAGGUCUUUUCAUGCUUCUGCCAUGAUUUAAAAUGACUUUCACUAGUAGAUGUCCAAUCCAUUUGAGGUGGACGUGAGCUAAACCUUGCCCCGACCGGCAUGGCCUUAAGGCGGCCAUGUUGGUAGUGGCGAUGAAAGGUUUUUUCGUGCUUCUGCUGUGAUUUAAAAUGAGUUUUACUAGUAGAUGUCCAAUCCAUUUGAAGUGGGACGAUAGUUUGACUUACCAACCUCAGUGCGGCCAUGUUGGUAGGUGGGAUGAGAGUUAAGCCUUGCCCCUACCAACAUGGCCUCAAGUCGGCCAUGUUGGUUGGAGCGAUGAAAGGUCUUUUCAUGCUUCUGCCAUGAUUUAAAAUAAAUUUCACUAGUAGACGUCCAAUCCCUUUGAAAUGGGACAAUAGUUCAGCCUUGCCCCUACCAACAUGGCCUCAAGUCGGCCAUGUUUGUUGGGGCGAUGAAAGGUCCUUCGUGCUUCUGCCUUGAAUUGAAAUGAUUUUACUAGUAGAGGUCCAAUCCAUUUGAAGUGGGACGAUAGGUUUGAGAUACCAACCUCAGGGCAGCCAUGUUGGUAGGGGCAAAGAAAGGUCUUUUCAUGCUUCCGCCUUGAAUUGAAAUGAGUUUCACUAGUAAAUGUCCAAUCCAUUUGAAGUGGGGUGAUAAUAAAGACUAGCCCCAAUCAACGUGGUCUCAAGGCGGCCAUGUUGGUAGGGGCGAUGAAAGGUCUUUUCAUACUCCUGCCAUGAUUUGAAAUGAGUUUAACUAUUAGACGUCCAAUCCAUUUGAAGUGGGACGAUAGGUUUACUUACCAACCUCAGAGCGGCCAUGUUGGUAAGGGCGAUGAAAGGUCUUUUCAUGCUUUUGCCUUGAUUUAAAAUGAGUUUCACUCGUACACGUCCAAUCCAUUUGAAGUGAGGCGAUAGUUAAGACUAGUCCCUAUCAACGUGGUCUCAAGGCGGCCAUGUUGGUAGGGGCGAUGAAAGGUCUUUUCAUACUUCUGCCAUGAUUUGAAAUGGGUUUCACUAUUAGACGUCCAAUCCAUUUGAAGUGGGACGAUAGGUUUACUUACCAACCUCAGAGCGGCCAUGUUGGUAAGGGCAAUGAAAAGUCCUUUCAUGCUUUUGCCUUCAUUUAAAAUGAGUUUCACUAGUACACGUCUAAUCCAUUUGAAGCGGGGCGAUAGUUAAACCUUGCCCUACCAACAUGGCUUCAAGGCGGCCAUGUUGGUAGGGGCGAUGGAAGAUCUUUUCAUGCGUCUGCCAUGAAUUGAAUUGAGUUUCACUAGUUGACAUCCAAUCCAUUUGAAGUGGGACGAUAGUUUGACUUACCAACCACAGUGCGGCCAUGUUGGUAGGGACGAUGGAAGGUCUUUUCACGCUUCUGCCUUGAUUUGAAAUGAUCACUGGUAAGACAUCCAAUCUAAACCUUUGGCCAAGAUGCAAAUGAAUUUGCUGCCACCCUACCACUUCAAAUGGAUUGGACAUCUAGCGCCGUCAAGCACAUAAAAUUAGCAUAAUAGCAGUUACUUUGCAGUCAAGUGAGUAUACAGUAAUUUUAUUUUCAAUAAUUGGCGUAUCGGUACAUUAAAAAAUUGUAUCGUUGCAACACUAUAAAUUUGUUAGCCAUUGCCUAUGCUUUCCCUUGAGUCGGCUCAUACCUUACGCCCACAAACACACCUUGGUGCUACACACAUAUAAACACACACAUAGUAAUAUACACAAAACGCAUGCACGUGCAACAAAAUGUGACCUCAAAUUAACGUCGUUCCAACUUCUUUCUACAUUUUUGAAGGCGGAAAGUGUCCAAAAAGGUGUUUGACACCUCCCAAGCUGUGAAAAAUGUAAAACAGCCCAGCUGUUUUUUUUUUUUUAAAGUGUUUGUAUUUAGUCGCGACAAAGUAACUUAAAAAGGAGAAAAAAAAUUUGUGUAAAUUUGUUGUCGUUUUGCCGCUGCAAGUUUCACUCUACCUCUUUUCCGCCAGCUCUAGUCUCGCUCUCUUGGUCGAAAUGAAAAACCAAAUGGUCACAAAGAGAAGAGAAAUGAUGAAAAUAUUAAGAUUGAACCCAAAGUUAAAGCUCAUACAGCUGCGCAAAACCAUCUCACUACUCGCUAACAAUGCAGACCUCAGUAAGUCAAUGGAAAUUGGUGAUUCUUUGUUUUCGGGUUGUGAUCAUUUUCGGAAGAUAAUCGUCUUGUUGGUCUUUCUUUUCCCCGCUGUAGGACGUCUGUUGAGGAAGUCAGUGUUUGCAAAAAAAAAAAAAAAAGUUGUUUAUUCAACACCCCGAAAAAAGUUGUAAAAUAUCGUAAUUUUUUUAUUAAAAAGUAUGUUUUUUUUUUUUUUUGGGGCGUAAAAUUCUUAAUUGCGACAUCUCAGAUUCCUUACUUUAACCCUUUCAUGGACAAAUUAUGACUUUAAAUUUUUUUAAUUUAAAUCUAUAUUGGACAGUGGUUUCAAAAGUGCGGCCCAGGGGCCAAUUGCAGGCCCCGGGACAACAUUUUUGCGGCUCCCAUUUGACGUCAAUUGCAGUUUUAGUGUUGUGAAAUAUCAUAAUGUUUUGAUUAAAAAGUUGUUUUUUUUGUUUUUUUGUUUUUUUUUUGCAUUAAAUACUUAAUUGCGACAUAUCAGAUUUCUUACUUUAACCCUUUCAUGGACAAAUUAUGACUUUAAAUUUUUUUAAUUUAAAUUUAUAUAAGACAGUGGUUUCAAAAGUGCGGCCCGGGGGCCAAUUGCGGGCCCCGGUACAACAUUUUUGCGGCUCCCAUUUGACAUCAAUUGCAGUUUUAGUGUUGUGAAAUAUCGUAAUGUUUUGAUUAAAAAGUAUAAGAUUUUUUUUUCCCCCAUAAAAUUCUUAAUUGGGACAUAUCAGAUUUCUUACCCUUUCAAGGACGAAUUAUGAUUUUAAAUUUUUUAAAUUUAAAUUUACAUUAUAUAGGACAGUGGUUUCAAAAGUGCGGCCCAGGGGCCAAUUGCGGGCCCCGGGACAUUUUUGCGGCUCCCAUUUGACAUCAAUUGCAGUUUUAGUGUUGUGAAAUAUCGUAAUGUUUUGAUUAAAAAGUGUAAGAUUUUUUUUUUUUUUUUUU